AGGAUAAACAACGGCAAUAAUUUCCAAACCUAAAGUCACGAUGACCCGUCGCGUGAUCCUCUUCCUCGCCGCGCUCAUGCUGCUGCUCGUCGCCCUCCCAGGCGCGACCGCGGCGCGCAUCGUCCCCUCGGAGACUCUCCAGCUCAAGCAGCUGCGCCACGCCGCCGCCGCCAAGAUUAACCAGCUCAAGGCUGCGCUCGGCGAGAAGGCUACGAAGGAGGUUGGAUCGCUCAGCGACCUCUUCCACGAGUGGACGCAAAAGCACGGCAAGACGUACGACUCCGAGGAGGAGAAGGAGCUCCGCCUGAAGAUUUUCGCGGACAACCACGAGUUCGUCCAGAAGCACAACGCCGAGUACGAGAAUGGUGAGCACACCCACUUUGUCGGCUUGAACCACCUCGCGGACCUGACCAAGGAUGAGUUCAAGAAGAUGCUGGGGUACAACGCCGCCCUCCGCGCGUCCCGCGCCCCCGUCGACGCCUCCACCUGGGAGUACGCCGACGUGACCCCGCCCGAGGAGAUCGACUGGGUCGCCAGCGGCGCGGUGACCCCCGUCAAGAACCAGAAGCAGUGCGGAUCGUGCUGGGCGUUUUCCACAACCGGCGCCGUCGAGGGCGUCAACGCCAUCAAGACCGGCAAGCUCAUCUCUCUGUCGGAAGAGGAGCUCAUCUCGUGCUCCACGAACGGCAACAUGGGAUGCAACGGAGGCUUGAUGGACAACGGGUUCGAGUGGAUCGUCAACAACCGCGGCAUCGACACCGAAGACGGCUGGGAGUACGUCGCCAAGGAGGAGAAGUGCGGAUUCUUCCGCCGCCACCACCGCGCCGUCGCCAUCGACGGCUUCAAGGACGUGCCCUCCAACGACGAGGACUCGCUCAUGAAGGCUGUCUCCCAGCAGCCCGUGUCCGUGGCCAUCGAGGCUGACCACCAGUCCUUCCAGCUGUACGCGGGUGGCGUGUACUCGGCCAAGGACUGCGGCACCGAGCUGGACCACGGCGUCCUCCUGGUCGGCUACGGCGUGGACCCCAAGUCCACGAAGCACAAGCACUUCUGGAAGAUCAAGAACUCCUGGGGCCCGGCUUGGGGCGAGGACGGGUACAUUCGCAUCGCCAAGGGUGGCUCUGGCGUCGAGGGCCAAUGCGGCGUCGCCAUGCAGCCCUCGUACCCGACGAAACUCGGCACCACGCCACUCGGCGAGCCCACCCUCUUCGAGAAGGGCGAGGAGCUCCUCGACAAGGGCAUGGACUUCCUCCAGAAGCUGGCGGAGUCCAACGGCGGAGACUAAACCGAUUUUUUCUGGCGAAUUCGCCCAAUGCUCUGUUGUAAAACACCGGCAAACGAAUGUAAUGAAAACUCUGUUUUGAUUGGAAAAUACGAAGGUAACUAAAGUCUAUGAGCGCUAUGAGGUCUAGUUGGCGGCACCGAUGUGCGCGAUCCUGCGAAGAUGAUGGGGACGUUAGAUCAGGACCGUGUUCGGGUCGUGGGGGUCGGGCCGAGCGCCGCCGUGUUCACCAGUCGGGCAAGUUUCGGAAGGAUCCAUUGGAGUUAAUUUUGAUGGAUUCAUCGGAGCAAGCCGCCAAGCAAGCUCUCACCAAAGGUGCGAUGACGCGAUUCGUCACGAACUUCCCGACCAGGUGCGCGACCAAAAACCCGCGGUAUCGAGUCGAGGGUCAGUCCUAUCGAUCAAACAUCAUCGAUCUCCCGCUGGAGACCGGUCAAAAUUAGCAUGUUAUGAUGACAUCACUCCCAAGAG